AAUUCCCAUACGACUAAACCCAACGAUGAAAGAGGUGAAAUUACCUACCAUUAAAACCGGUGAUAAUGACGAAUAGUAGGAGGUCUUUCUGAAUAUUUACCUUUACCUAUUAGGUAGGUAGUUUUACUUUUCUAUAAAGUGAAUCCGGAUCGUGUUGGAUGCAUCAAUUGUUUCACAGAGACCGAAACGCAGGAUGUAUUCGAUUGUAUUCGUAUGUUUACUGUUAUGGGCGAAACCAAUCGUAAACGGAGCUGACCAAGAAGAAGAAGCAGUCAGAUUUCUCGACCGUGUCAAUAAACUAUACGCAGAGAAAAGCCACGAAGUGACAUUGGCCGAAUGGGCAUACGCGACCGAUAUCAAACCAGAAACACUAGCGAAAAAGCUCGAAGUAAGCAAUGAAUUGGCUAAGUUUGCUAAAGCUCAAUGGCUCGAGACAAUUAAAUAUCCUUGGAAGACGUUUAAGAACCCUGAUUUACGAAGACAAUUUAAGAAAUUCUCCAUACUCGGUACCUCGGCAUUACCCGAAGAUAAAUAUGAAAAGCUGGAAAAGUUGAUUGCUGAUAUGCAGUCAAUUUACAGUAAAGGCAAAAUUUGCGCUUAUAACGAUACCAGUAAAUGUAACUUAAGUCUAGAACCAGAAUUAACGGAAAUCUUAGCUACGAGUCGAAAUGAAGAAGAGCUAAAACACGUUUGGGUCGAAUGGAGGAAGCAAACUGGUAAACCAAUUCGUCCUUUGUUCGCCGAAUACGUGGCACUUACCAACGAAGCGGCAGCUUUAAACAAUUUCACCGAUGCCGCUGAAUUUUGGUUAGAAGCUUACGAAACCGAAGACUUCAAAGAGCAAAUUGCUCGAAUAUGGGAACAACUACGUCCUUUCUACUUGGAAGUGCAUGCCUAUGUAAGAAGAAAAUUAAGAGAGAAAUAUGGCGAGAAAGUCGUCUCAAAGAGAGGCCCAAUACCUGCUCAUUUGUUAGGCAACAUGUGGGCUCAAACUUGGUCCAACAUAGGUGAAUUGGGUACACCUUAUCCUAGUGUCAAAAGUGAAGAUGUUACGCCAUAUUUACAAGAACAAAAAUACACUCCAAUUAGAAUGUUUCAACUGGCUGAUGAGUUUUUCCAAUCUAUCAAUUUGACCGCUAUGCCAGAUACGUUUUGGGAAAGAUCAGUUCUUGAGAAGCCCAACGAUCGUGAUAUUGUAUGCCAUGCGUCAGCUUGGGAUUUCUAUGAUGCUGAAGAUUUCCGUAUAAAACAAUGCACCGAAGUUACUGCUGAAGACUUGAACACAGCUCAUCACGAAAUGGGUCAUAUACAAUACUACCUACAAUACAGAUCUCAACCGUUUGUUUAUCGAGAAGGUGCCAAUCCAGGAUUUCACGAAGCCAUUGGAGAUGUAAUCGCGUUAUCGGUUUCCACUCCGAAACACAUGAAUAAAAUUGGUCUCUUACCUAAUCUUGCCAAUAGUAGAGAAGCGGACUUGAAUUAUUUACUACACGUUGCUCUAGAUAAAAUAACAUUCUUACCUUUUGGAUACUUGAUGGAUUUAUGGAGAUGGAAUGUAUUCAAAGGUGUUAUCACCGAAGACGAUUAUAAUUGCGAAUGGUGGAAGUUAAGAAACACCUACCAAGGCAUUGAAUCUCCAGUUGAUCGAUCAGAAGAUGAUUUCGAUCCAGCUUCCAAGUAUCAUAUUGUUGCCAGUGUUCCUUAUAUUAGAUAUUUCGUAAGUUUCGUAAUCCAAUUCCAAUUUCACGAAGCACUUUGUAAACAAGCCGGCGAAUACGAUCCAGAAAACGCCAGCGCCAAACCACUCCAUCAAUGCGACAUUUAUCAAAGUACCGCCGCCGGUAAUUUACUCGGGAAAAUGUUAAGAUUAGGAUCUUCGAAACCGUGGCCUGACGCGAUGCAAAUACUAACCGGACAGAGAAUUAUGGACGCUGGCCCAUUGCUGCGGUAUUUCGCUCCUAUAUACGAAUGGUUAAAGGAAGAGAAUAAAAAAAGCGGAGAAUAUAUCGGAUGGGAACCGUCUCAAAGAGUUUGUAAAAAAAAAUUCCAUUUUGGUAGUUUCGUCAGAAAAAUAGUUAAGAAUGUGAGCGACAUAUUCAGCUCUAACAAGAAACACUGAUCCUUUAUUUCUCUCUAUUUUUGUCUUUCUUCCUCAUCUCAUCUUAUCUCAUUUCGCGAUUAUUUAUUGUAAUGUACAUAAUUGAGAUUUUUUUCUCCAUUCUUAAUUUAUGCUAAUUAUUUCAUCGUUUUGUAAUUUUGGUUCCUAUAUUUAUUAUUUCUGGUAUAUUUCAUCGACACUUUUACUCAUUCGAAUAUACAUAUUAUUGAAUAAAUUAAAUUAUUGUGUA